AAGAAUGCCCUGUUUGAUUUACCUGUUUUAUGUAACCCCAUUGUGUCAAGGAACGAUCUUGGUGCUUGGAUCAUGAAUUUUGACAGCUUUUGAAGAAUUCAAGAAAGCUAUCUUCUUCCCUUAAUUGCUCGCUUCAGAGUUGAUGCAUUGUUUCUCUUUGUUAGUUGAAUGAGCAAAUGAAAGUAAAAUCAGAUGCAAUAAUGGAGGUCGAAAAGAAGCAUUCAAAGGGAGGAUUUUUUCAUUUGUUUGAUUGGAAUGGUAAAUCUCGAAAGAAAUUGUUCUUGAACAAUGCUGAAAUCUCAGGAGAAUCAAAGAGAGGAAAACCUGUGGAAAAUCUACUGAAGUCACCGCCUUUUAUGGUGGGGGAUGACUACAAUGGCGCUUCAAGUAAUACACGCAGUGCUGAUUUUAGUUCCGCUUCCUCGGUGACCAGUGAUGAAGGAAGUGGAUCUAGAGCACCUGGAGCUGUUGCUAGGCUUAUGGGUUUGGACUCGUUGCAGACACCGAACGUAUCUGAGCUAUCUUCUACUACAUAUUCAGGGUCUUGCUCUCUUAGACUGUCUCAUUAUGAAAGAGGUAUUCCUGAUUCGUGGAAUGAAUAUGGACAGAUGGACUACACCGUCUCUAACAAGCUUGAUAGGUUGUCUUCCGAUCCCAUUGAACCGAGGUUUCAUAUGGUGAAGAACCGACCGAUUGAGAGAUUUCAGACUGAAAUAUUGCCUCCGAAAUCAGCAAAACCGAUUCCAAUAACUCACCAUAAGCUCUUGUCUCCUGUCAAGAGUCCGGGGUUCAUCCCAACCAAGAAUGCAGCUUAUAUAAUGGAGGCAGCUGCAAAGAUUAUAGAUGUUAGUCCUCAGCCAACUUCCAAAACUAAGGUGCCUUCAUUUGGUUCUUCUUCAGUCCCUUUGAAAAUCCGGGAUUUGAAAGAGAAAAUCGAAGCCGCACAUAAGGUAUCCAGGCCUCAUAGACCUGACGAGCCUAGUCAGAGUGCGGCGAAGUCUUUGAAAGAGCAGCGUAAGGGAAAGAGUCAAAUAAAUCAGAUUAUGCACCACCAUUACGGACAUCUAGGGAUCCAGAGAAAGGUAGUUGUAACAGUUCAAGGAAUAAGGGGAAAUCAGUCUCACAUGCAGAACAAGAAAGGGCUAAUGUUCGGAGGAAAGAGGGGCCGUUUUCAAGUGGUAAUGUGAGUUCUGCAAAUCCGAAGGAAUGGAAUGAUGCUA